UGGGGCUUUAUACUCUUAGAGAAAAACAGAGCGGAGGGCACUUACCUGAACUGAGGACAGAGCGGGAGAGAUUGCCGUUCAGGAGAAAGGACGUCUCGUCGAGCUGGAUGAAGGUCACCAUGCUGUCGACGAGUUUGCAUUGACAGAGUAGAAGGAAGAGGAGGAAGAAGAGGAGUCACCAGCCAGCAUCUCUCUUUCUCUCUGUCUGACACACGCACACGGUCCCGACGGCAUUGAGCCGGGAGGAUGAAGAAGUUUUUCGACGCCCGGAGGGAAGGUGCAGCCGCGGUCGGAGGAGCGGCCGGACAGUCCGGCAGUGCCGGCGGGUGGUCUUCGUUCCAGGGUAAAGUGUAUGCGGUGGGCCGCUACCAAGUGACGGUGGAGGAGCUGAUCGCGGAAGGUGGAUUUGCAAUAGUGUUUUUAGUCAAGACUCACAGCGGUGUAAGAUGCGCUCUGAAACGCAUGUAUGUAAACAGUGAACAUGACCUCCAAGUUUGUAAGCAAGAAAUUGCCGUUAUGAAAGAUCUGUCUGGGCAUAAAAAUAUUGUUAACUACUUGGACUCCAGUGUUACCUCAAUAAAUGCCAGUGAUGUAUGGGAGGUCCUGAUUCUAAUGGAAUACUGCAGAGGUGGUCAAGUGGUCAACUUAAUGAAUCAACGAUUGCAUUCUGGCUUUGGUGAAAUUGAGGUGCUGCAAAUAUUUUGUGAUAUUUGUGAAGCGGUGGCCAGGCUACAUCAGUGCAAACCACCAAUUAUUCAUAGAGAUCUCAAGGUGGAAAAUCUUCUACUUCAUGAUAGUGGUAGUUAUGUCCUCUGUGAUUUUGGAAGUGCAACAAACAGAGUCAUACAUCCUCAAAUUGAAGGUGUCAGUGCAGUUGAAGAAGAAAUAAAAAAGUAUACAACACUGUCAUACAGAGCACCAGAAAUGGUUAACCUUUACAGUGGAAAAUCCAUUACUACUAAAGCUGACAUAUGGGCCCUUGGAUGCUUACUUUACAAACUUUGCUUUUUUACCUUGCCAUUUGGAGAAAGCCAAGUUGCUAUCUGUGAUGCAAAUUUUACAAUUCCAGAUAAUUCUAAGUAUUCCAGUGAAAUGCAUUGUUUAAUUCGAUAUAUGCUUGAGGCAGAUCCAGACAAGAGACCUGAUAUUUAUCAAGUUUCUUUCUUCACAUUUAGGAUGUCAAGGAGGAUGUGCCCUGUUAAGAAUGUUAGUAAUGUACCGAUUCCAGUGAAAAUGCCAAUACCAGUAAAAUCUAGUGAAGUUGCUGCUAAAAAGUCUCAACCAAGGGCAAGGCUUACAGAUCCAGUACCGACUACAGAGACCUCAAUAGCACCUCGCCAAAGGCCAAAAGCUGGCCAGUCAACUCCAUCUUCAAGCAUUCUGACGAUUCAGCCUGCUAUACGAUUCAUGGCGAUACAGACCCAGGACACACCAAACCCCAACAGCUUAAAGUUUCUUGUUGAUCGUCAAAUUGUGGCAUCGGGGAGCAUAGAUUUUCCAAAUGUCAGUGCAGCUCAUUGCUCACCUUUAGCCAAGUACAACAUUGGAGGACCUACAUCUGCCAUCCCGGCCCUGUGUUCCUAUUUUUUUGACGAUGGAAGGCCUGUUCUCCUCGAUACUGUUUACAACAGACCCACUGACACCACCUCCGAACUGUGGACGCUCCCACACGUAGCAGGUGAGCGAUAUGGCUCUGGAAGGGAGUUAAUCCUCCUCACCAGCAAUUUUACCUCGGGGGCAGCUGAGGAGUUUGUCUUCGUGAUGAAGAGGCUGGGGAGAGCUCUGGUUGUCGGCGAGUUGACCAGCGGCGGUUCCCACCCUCCGCAAACCUACCAUGUGGAUGACACCCAGCUGUAUCUGAGCAUCCCUACGGUCAAAUCCUCCAAUCCGGACGGAGCGUCCUGGGAAGGGACUGGAGUCGCCCCUCACCUCGAGGUGGGAAACGGAGAGGAGCAAAAAGGAUAUCGUUGCAACUGGGAGUUGAUAAAUCUAUCAACAAAUAUCACUCGAGUUUUCAUUCAUGUUGCUUUCCAAAACUCGGGAUGUCAGCCUAAAUUGUUUGUCUUUUCCAACAAAACGGUUUUGCGGAUUUUAUUCUCCUCCCCUCCGUCUUGUUUCCUUUUGCUGGCGGCCGGGGACCGGCUCUCGUCCUGGGCGCCAGGCUUUCGCUUCGAGUGCUCCAGGUCGUGGGCGAUCCUGUGGAAGUUAGUGACUCUAUCCUCGAAUACUGCCGCACCCCCCCCUCCCCGCAACGCCGCCGCCAGUCACACGGACGCGGCGGCUCUGGGGAGGCAGCGGCCGCCCGCGCGCCUUUUGUCCGCUCGGUCCCGCUCCGCCCCGCCCCGCCCCCAACACCCCGAGCGCGCCGGCCGCGACUCGAGACUGAUCCGGCUCCUGUUUGAAAGGCGGCUCGCGCCGGAGACGUUGGCGGAGCGGGGAACAUGCGCCCACCUGGCAGGGUCACGUGACAGGUUACAGGCACAUAUGCAGCAAAAACUUCAAGCUCAACAAGUUCAGCCCCAAUCCCAACAGACAGCCAAGCUAUUAUCAUUAACGCCACCAUCUUCACCAAAGGUGCAGCGAGCAGGCCACCGGAGAAUCGUCAGUGAUGUCCCAUUCAGCAGUAUAUUUGGAGUCCCUGCCAGUCGUUCCUCUCAACAACUGGCAGCAGCUGCGGCAGAAGCAAAUCUUUAUAAAUCAAAGUCAGCCUCUACAAGUCCUGCAGGAUCACCCAAUGCCUCGGAGCAGAACAUUUAUAAUCCACCAGAUCUCUCCGUUUGGAAUCCUUUUGGAGAUGACAAUUUUUCCAAUUUAACAGUAGAAGACCUUUUAAAUAAAGAGUUUGCUGAGCUUCGAGAUGAUAAAACUGCGGAACUGGAGAAAAUGCCCACUGCAAAUUUGCUUCCAACAUUUCCCCCCAGCAUGACUCCACCCCAAACAGAUUUAUUUGGGGCUUCACCUUUUGUAUCUGGAACAGGUGGUCAUUCAAAGAACCGCAGUGGGAGUUCAGAGAACAGUCUUCCUGGUCUAGCUAGGUCUUUUCUGCUUGUGGAUCAGCUUAUAGACCUUUAAUGACCCUGCCAUUAACCUAUCUGCAUAUUACUUACCUGCACCCUUGAGUAGAAACCCCAUUCCAAAGAAAGCAUGGUAAAAUCAAAAUACCUCAGUUGAAUGCCACGCCUACCAAGACAUGAUUGUAACAAGAUGCAAUGGAGAUUCUACUAAAAACUAAAUGACUAUUCAUCAAGGCCUUCCUUCACCUUGUACCUGCCUGUGUGCCGUUCAUAUGCAUAUACCAGAAAACUGCUUGGAUAUCCCAUCACCUUUUAAAACCUGCCGAAAUCCUCUUCCUACCUUCCUGUCUUGUGUUGUAAUGUUUUUUUUAGCAGGAACUUUGGCUCAAUAUACCUCAGCAUUUUUGUGCAUUGUAUGGUAAAAGUGUGCAUAGCUACAAUAUUCUUUAGUUGCACAAAGUGAUUAGUUAAUUUGAAACUGCAGUACUGAAUACCGUUUGUCUUUGAAUUUAAUUUUAUAGCUUGGAACGCUGUAAACUAACAGUGCCUGGAUUCUACUACUUGAAGUUGUAGUGGCAUUGAGGACUGAUAUUAACUCGCAUGCUACUUAACUACGUACUGAUGUGAAAACAUGCAGCUUAUUUUUCACUGCUUUAAUUACUUUGCCUUUGUUUGCAAUGCAUUAGUAUGUUCUUCAGUUAAUUGGUCACUUUUGCUCUCAAGUAUUUUGUAAAUGUACUUUUUUUUUUCCCUGCUAACAUUGUUCUAACCUCAUUACCUGAAUGUCAAUAACAGAAUUUCAAUUAUUUGUUAUUAAUUUGUUAUUUUGAAUUUCAACUUGAAUAACCUGUUUUAACUUGAUGUACAGCCAUACAAAUGAAGUGUCAUCUAGUCACGUGGGGCUAGGUAGCAUUGAGUGCAAUACGUUCAAUGCUGCACACAAGUAAUCUUCCAUAACAUGAUUUUAAAAGUUGCUUUUUAUUUGCAGUAGGUUCUUUAUUUUUGACUAGAGAGUGAAACAACCUUUGUCGACGGUCUAAAAAUGUUUAUGUGUUACACACACAUUUGUCUAACUCUAUCUUUCCUACAUUUUGUUCUAAACCACAUGAGGAUUUUGAGGUUUCAUAUAGAUUGAAUUAGUCCCCAAAAUCUAUUGCACAACUCUUGGGAGUAAAAGAGAAAGAAAUCAUUUCUAUUUAAUUCAGUUUAGAAUUUGACUCUCAAUUUAGUCGGUUAGAUUUCAAACAAUCAUAUUUUCAACGACCGUUUUUGUAGGAUUAUUAAUCAAAGUAGCUAUAAUGAAUACCGAAGUAGAAGCUUAGUUAUUGAAUGAUGGCUGGUGUGUAUCUUAAAUAGGUGAUGAGCUUUUACAAAAGGUGACUCAGGUAACUUUGCUAGAUAAAUGUAGAUUAGAUAAAUGAAACAGCAGUAAAGUUACAACUUCCAGGUUAGCUGUAAAUAUUUCAAAUAGGGUGAAGAUAAUGAUGGAGAAGUCAUCUUCCUGAUGUCUUAUGUCUAAUAUGAGGACCGUUACUAGAUGUCUCAAUGUGCAAUGUUGACUAUUUAAUAAAUCACUUGGUUUAACAGGGUUUUUAAGAAUAUAAAGCUUUGCACUAUAUUUUUCAUUGUGAUUAAAUCUCAGGAUAGAUCCUGCUUCCCUGUUUAUCAAGUAGCUAUUUCUGGUGGGUGUGAGCCUAAAGUAUGAUGCAGUGUUUCUGCACUUGUUAUUUUGAAUAUGUUACCACUAGGCUAGUGUUGAAUGACUGCAACAAAUGGAUGACUAAAAUGUGAUUAUUUAAAACACAUACAUGCUGCAAAUAAAUUUGAAAACAUUUUCACAUUUACAUGAAA